AUGGCCGAGAGUGAAGUCUGGCGAAUCAAUCACAUUGGCAGUAUGUCUGGUGGCGGGUGGAACUUUGUGGACCAUGUCGCUGUAGGAUCUGAAUUUUUGGCCAAGAUCUCCAAGAAAAUAGUUGCCAAGGGCUCAGCCUACUUUCUGAAGGGCGACUGCUAUUCCUCAACUAUGCUGUUCAAUACUUUGUUUUUCUUUGCUAGUUUCGCAGCCGCUUCCAACAGCAAUGCCCCCGUCGCUGUUGAUGAAGAUGGCAAAGUCACCGGCGUGACGGAAGCUGUCAUCGCCCACAAUGGAGCAAAGUCUGUCGUCCUCGCCAUCUGGGAGAAGGACUUGACCACAGGUCGGACCUCUACUGGUCUUUGGGAUGCCGAAUUCGCCAAUCUUCUACAAUACGACUGUAGCGACCGUGUCUCGGCCGUUGCCUUUGGCAUAGAGGUUGAGUUCAACGCCAACGACAAGGGUGCCGGCAGUGUCUCCAUCAAUGGCAUCGAACACCCCAUCGCCGCUGGCGUUGAUGCCGCGGCAGGCAUCAGCUGUUCAAGGAUCUACAGUCAUCAGCAGGCAUCUGCGGAGUGCUACAUCCCACUUGAGCAAAUCAUUCAGACUCGCGACCUGCCAGGUCUUGAGGGCAAUAGCACGGUCGAGUGCUACCCCGACGGUAUUGGUCUCGACCCCUCGCUACUCAUCGGUGUUUCCUGGGAUACCGAGGAGGGACUUGCGGCCGACCUCAUCUCCAAUGUCUUUGACGCCGAUGUUGAAGAGAGCAACCAAAAAGUAAGGCAGGGGCCGUCAAUUGAGCGUCGCCAGCUGGAUAGGGCCCGACCACACCCGAAUCCGGUGCCUUACAGGUACCGUCGACACCGUACUAUUGCACAAAUUGAUUGUACACAUGGCCGCGUCUGCAGCACUGGUGAAGAGACUUCUUAUUCAGUGACUCAUACUGCCACCUUCAACUUUGCAGGGCUCGGCAGGCUAGAGUGGAUCUCUGGUGGCUACUCCGUGUCCUAUACAUGGGGACAAUCCAAGAUCUACAAUUGCGAGGGUGAACGUGGGGAUAUUAUCUGUCUGAAGCAUCGGCGGUAUUUCCAGGGCUACCGUGCCGAGCUCAUGAGACACGAUUUCUGGGGCAAUCCUUAUGAAAAGGUUAGGGACAUCUGGAUCCGAUCACCAAUUCAGGCAGAGUCCCACAACGGCGAUGGACACUACUGUGUCAUCAACGGUUGCCACGGCGAAGGCAAUACUCACUGGCAACAUGUGGGGCCUGGCCUUCUCAAAGUUGCUUAA